CAAAACCUCAGGCCAUGGUUCUAUCGUCGACGAAACUAUAUUACCUCACGUCCCUCUCGGCCGUUUUUUCAAGCCAAGGCACGCCGCGAUCGUGCGUGAGAAUAGUCUCAUGUCGGCGAUUGCGGCGGCCCCCCCGGACUCGGCAGGGUCUUCUUCUUUAAGACGAUCGCGCGCUGCUCUCGUCGGCUUAGGCUAAGCUACCUAACGCCCUCCUCCUUCUCGCGCGACCCCGCCGUCUUUCCAUCCAUCCACUUCCUUCCAGCCGGUUGCGUCCUCGUUACCUAUUUGACCCCUCACCUUCCCACCCUUCCAACCGUGCCCGCCUCUCUGACCUCCGACCGACCUGACCGAACUUCCCGGCCCGCCGCCGUUCGCCUCGGACGUCAUACUUCGACUCAUAUCCGCUUCACCACCGUCUCAACCCUCACCACCUCUCUCCCUCUUCUUUUCCACACCCACCACUUUUUCCCUCCCCAGACGCCGCCAUGUCGCAGUCCCCGCAAAAUGGCGUCUCUGGCCACUCCACGCCCGCUCUCGAGCUGGCCGACUACCAGUUUCCCACCCAGCGCCUGAAGAAGGUGCUCAGCGACAGCGGCAAGACCCCCCUGGUCUUGGUCGCAUGCGGCUCCUUCAGCCCUAUUACCUACCUGCACCUGCGCAUAUUCGAAAUGGCCCGGGACUGGGCCCGGUACAACACCGAUUUCGAAGUUAUCGGUGGUUUUCUUUCACCAGUCGGCGACGCCUACAAGAAAGCUGGGCUCGCUUCUGCAAACCACCGUGUACGGAUGUGCGAGCUCGCCGUCGACGACUCGCCUUGGGUCGUCGUUGACAAAUGGGAGCCACUGCACAAAGAGUACCAGCCCACGGCCCGUGUGCUAGACCACUUCGACCAUGAGCUGAACGAAGUCCUUGGCGGUAUUGAGGAUUACACGGGCCAGAAGAAGAAGAUCAGAGUGGCGCUCCUUGCUGGAGCCGAUUUGAUCCAGACCAUGUCUACCCCGAAUCUGUGGGCACCCAAGGAUCUCGACCACAUUCUGGGAGAGUAUGGUGCAUUCAUUGUCGAGCGCGAAGGCACCGAUAUCGACGAUGCGCUUGCCAGUCUCCAACAAUGGCGGAACAACAUCUACGUCAUCCACCAGCUUGUGAAGAAUGACGUUUCCAGCACGAGAAUAAGGCUGUUUUUGAAGCGCGACAUGUCGAUUCGUUACUUGGUGCCAGAGCCGGUCGUCAAGUACAUCGAGGCAAACGCACUUUACAAUGACGAUGUAGCUUCGGUGGCUGGCAAGGACCAGCCCGAGAACAAGGGGAAGGCUAUUGCUGAGGCCUCUGGCUCCACGACGGUCUAGAUUGAUUCUGGACAGCAUGCUGUGUUUCGACCGACAGGGGUGGUCGACUUUCUUAUUUUUGCCGUUUACGAUGGGAUACCAUGCAAUCGAGGCUGGGUAGGUAUGGCGUUGGGUUAAAUUUAGAUAUCAGACAGAGAGCCGUCACCGGCGCCACAUGGGCGGCUUCUGUCUUUUGUGCAUAGAGUAGCAAAGAAUUGCAAGAUCUCUCACCUAUGGAUGACGCUCGGC